AAAAUUGGGAAUAUAGGGAAAAUCAAGUAUAUCCCGCAAACCCAACAUUCUACAGGACAGCGACAAUAUUGUCGUCACGGGCAAGAAAGAAGCAAAGCAACGGGGUAGCCACAGCCCACGCAGAGACUGCCCGGAACGAGCCAGCAGCCGCGAGCCGCGCCUGGACUUUUCACCCGUGCCAAAAGUACUCCACGCUAAUCGUCAAUCCAUUCUGGGCGGUGGAUAAGCCUGGAGAAAGAGAUACCAUAACCCUGGCAACUCUUUACCCCGCUGAACCGUCCACCUCAAGGACCACAUUCCUCACUGGGAUCUGCUCUACACAGUACAUCCAACUUACCCUUGCAGUCUUCGGUCAUUGAUUAUCGCGAAUACCGCGCUCAUGCCAGAGACUGGCCGUCGUCAACCUCGUGUAGCUAGUGUUGAGGAUUGGGAUGAUGAUGCCCAAACAGCUCUCCCUGGUUCUCGAACAACAGCCAAUGUGGCCAUUAAGCGACCUCAGCAAGAAUUGACUAUCAGGUCGCGUGAACAGAGAAUUUCAGGCGAUGCCAUUGACUCAGGCUAUGCUAGUCGAGCAGACACUUUAGUCAGUGAAUCAACAGGUCGAAGCCGGAGGAAGAUGCUCGAUUUGAAACUCGAUACGGCCAUACCAGAGAGGGAGCGACAGCCUUAUGGUAACCCCCAAAGCGCUCCCGCAAAGCCUUCAACACGUCGACAGUCAUCUUCUCGAGAUGACAAGGACCUCAAUGCUGAACCACGACCGGCCAAGGCCAGAGCCAUCGUCCAUAAGUGGGGUACCUGUCAAGUUUGCGAUCAUUACGGCGAGCACAUCGACAUCCAACAAGAAAGGUCCCGGACAUCAAAAUUCGCUCCUUCACCAUCAUCUCCUGAUUCGGUCAGACAAAGCGCACCGAGAGGCGUCAGAGACGAUGCCGCGCUAUCGAGUCGUCCACGACGACCGUCUUUAGAGAGGCAGCCUAGACCCAUAAGCAUGGCUUCAGCACACCAGCCACCCGCGCACUACUUCACUCCGGCUAUUUAUGGCACGCCGGUCGUCGCCUCACCUGGAUGGGCAACUCCAGUCACACCAACAGUGUCAUUCAAUCCCCCAACUUACUCAUACACUCCGACAUCACCGUUACCAGGCAGCUCCUUUAGCUAUCAACAGUUCCCGCAAUACGUCGAUGCGCCUCAUCCGAUGGAUCGUCCUCCCAGUCGAGGAAGUCGUCGACCUAGUCCAGUGAGACGAUCGAGCACCUAUGGCGACCCAGUCAUCAGACAGAGCUAUCCUGAUGGCACCACCGCAAGGCUAGAAAGAGAUUCACCGAGAGAAAGCCGGCCUAUACUCGCCUCACGGCAAUCAGUUCGCACCGUUGAGAGUGACCGAAUUGCUAUGCCACCGCCACCUCCACCUCCAUUGAAGCAGCAACAACCCGAGAUUGUUCUUGUUCGUAGGCCGAGCAAUAGAAGGGCAAAAACAUACCACCCCUCAGAGCCGCCUGUACGUGAGCGUCGUUAUGAAUCAGAUCACUACGAUGACGAACACGUUGACGUGCCCAAGUCUCGCGGUCCUCCUGCUGGCACCAAGGAUAGACGAGAGCCUCCAUCGCUUCCUCCGUCUUCAUACCGAGGACCAGGCUACAUUGAUAGCCGCGAUCGACCCGGCUUAGCGCGAAACUAUACUACACCGAACGCAACAACGAAAGUGGCUUCGAGCAAAGUCCAUGAAGCACCUCGUCGGAGUACACUGGCUACAGUGCCGUUGGAGCAGAAAGCGGACGACGUUGAAGAGUACAUUCGCCGCAGGAGCAAGACCUCGAGUGAACUGACUGCUGAAGCCCUCCGCAAUCUCAACAAGGGAAACACGAGCUCCAAGUCCGAGACUGGCAGCAGUUACAGUCACAAAAGUCUCCAGUCUUCCUCCAAGGAUUCGUCUGGACGUGGUAGAAGUCAUACAAGCGGCACGAGGACAAGCAUUACUCUCCCAGGCGGACUUAAUAUGAGCAUUCCAAAGGACUAUAUGGAGAAAGGCCGUCCUCUCAGCAUCAAUGUCAAUGGCCUCGUCCUGUCUGUCAGCGCCGAAGGACAACAGCAUGUCAAAGAGCAGAAGGCGAUUGACCGUGCUCCAAGUAUCAACAGUCGCGAAUCGAGAAAGAGCUUAUCAAGCGGCAUCUCCAGCAGAGGUAAAGAGCGCGAUCCUACUCACGCAUCGCGACGGCCUUCUGGCGCUUCUUAUGCGGAAGACAGGAUACCAAGUGUCAGAUCGAGCAGACAACCCAGUCGAGCCCCGAGUGUCAGUCGACAAAGCUAUGAAUAUACCACCCGCCGCCAGAGUGUGGACUACAAAGGAUACGAGGACAUCGCAGGGGCCUGAAGUGCACGAGCCGGACUCCACUUUGCGCAGCCGGCGCGCACCUUCGUUCUCAUUCUCUUCUUCUCACUAUCUUCUGAGCUGUCGUCCUGAAUACCGGGAUUACCGAUACUGGGGCAGGUGAUCUCGGCGAUUCUUUUUCGCGUCCAAGAGCCAUACGGGUUUCGGACUGUUCUGCGUUCCUUCCCUUUUGCUAUGCCUUUGGAGCAGUUGUCUUUUGCUAGAGACCGACUUUCAAACGUCGAAUUAAAAGUCUCAAACACUCUAAAAGUACAAUUGAGCUUCGAUGGGUGGCACUAUUUUCAAUCUGAUUGGGAAGUUGCAGGCGGGAUGUAUUGGUGUUUGCAUUUUGUUCGGAGAGUCUGAGUAUGACAUUGCCGAAGCUGGAGGAAAUUCUGUUCAUGUCUGUGUUACUUGCACGUUUUGUGGAGGAUUAGUCGCGGUUGACGUCGCACGG